CAAGUCGACAUCGACACCAUCGUAUCUUUGUUGCUCGAAUACGAGCUCAUGAUCAGCAUCAUCGGAAUAAUAGCGUCACCGCCUCGGAACCCAGCGGCUGCCUUGUGUGAGCUUGUUUUCCUGUGUAACGAAGUGUAUGGUCGCCGUUGUGAAGGCCGGCGGCGUCUUGAACGGCUGGGACGAUAACUUCUGGCAAGUGGGUCAGGCCAAUCAAUUUUCUACAUGACCAAAAGGCGACGAAGCGGUUCAGCUGAAGAAAGAACGCAACUGGCAGGUGCUUUCCCGUCGGUGUGAAAUUCCGACUGCCGUGUCUACUACGCCAAUGAGUUGAGGCAGGAGCAUUAGCCUGUCAUGUAGCUGCCAACGAGGAGGAACACCGCAAGACAUGACGAUCUGCUCUUGCCGAUCUCGACCACUUCAAUGUUCUUGCCUAAGCCCAGAGAAUCAGUGGCUACCCAAAGACCCGACAAUCAGAAACAUGCUUCGUAUUCCUUUCCUGUUUCUCAAUAUAUCUCCUUUGCAUCUGCCACAUCUUCAGAUCUUUUGAUUUUCUAGUUUCACUAGCAUCUCGCUGCCCUAAUUGCAUUUUUACCUUUGGACCCUAUCGACCAUACUACCUCUUGUGACUCUUGAUAUCGUUCAGGUUUCAUCGCUCCUACCUCAUAUAUUUAUUGCUCUUCGGCCUGGGUGGUGUCAUCGAACCACUUCAGCCCGUGAAAAAAGCUUCGUCCUCUCCCUCGGAUUUACUUCCUACACCAUCUGAAGGUUACCUCUGCUAUCACGCUUUUGGACUUUUGGACUCGCACUCUUUUGGAGCAUUUUGGUCCUUGUGAAAUCUACCUCCUACCUCAUCGUCUUGUCUCUCUGGUACCGGUAGUCUUGCUCCAUCAUGCGGAAAGCUCUUGGACUGGCAGCACUCGCUGCUUCACUCACACCUGUUUUGGGUGCCGUAUUUGGUUACAACUCUGGCGCACAAAAGCCAGGAGGCGUAAAGAACCAGGCCGACUACGAAAAUGAGUUCCGGGCCGCCAAAGCACUUCAGGGUGCCCCUGCUGGCGGGUUUAUCAGCGUUCGUCUGUUCACCAUGCUUCAAGACGAAAACGCUGGAAACAACCCCAUCGAAGCUAUCCCCGCUGCCAUCGCCACCAACAUGAGAUUGCUGCUCGGUAUGUGGGCCUCCGCUGGGUCAGCUAAGUUUGAUAGAGAACUCGAGGCUCUGGUGACCGCCGUCAACCGUUAUGGGGAUGCAUUUGUGAGGCUUGUUGACGGCAUCUCGGUGGGCAGUGAGGAUUUGUACCGGAACUCGGCCUCGGUGGAGGAAGGUUCAAAUCCGGGUGCCAACCCUCAGGUAAUUGUCGGCUACAUCCAAAAGGUUCGACAACGGCUGAGCAGCACGAAGCUGAAGGCCCCCAUCGGACACGUCGAUACGUGGACGGCUUGGGUAAACGGCUCCAAUGCAGCGGUGGUUGCUGCUUGUGACUGGGUCGGCAUGGACGCUUAUCCAUACUGGCAAUCGACGGCGCUUCCCAACAACGCUAUCGAGCAGAGCCCACGCCUCUUCCAAGAAGCUUUGGACAAGACCCGAGCAGCUUCGCAAGGCAAGCCGGUAUGGAUCACCGAAACUGGGCAUCCCGUGUCCGGUAGAACCUGGGGACAGUCUGUCGCCUCGGUCGAGAAUGCCAAACGAUAUUGGAACGAGGUCGGCUGCCCAAGGUUCGGAAAAGAGCCCAUCUGGUGGUACAAGUUCCAGGGCGACCAGACUGGUGCUGAACCCAACUUUGGCAUCACUCCGGCUGGGCAGCUGACAACCAAGCCACUUUUUGAUAUUUCGUGCAAGCCGCCUGGCUCAUCAAGCCCAGUUCCGAUGCCUAUGACUACAGGCCAUGCUGGAGCUGGCGGACCUCCCACGGAGUCUUCUUCAAGUGCAGCUACCUCGAGCGGAGUUGGAAACAGCCCUGCAAGUGAUGUCUCCAGUCCACCAUUGUCCACGGCUUCUGCUUUGCCAAUUCUCUCGAGUGCAGCUACCUCGAGCGGUGUCAGAAACAGUCCUAGAAGUGGUAUCUCUGGUUCGACAAUUCUCUCGAGCGCAGGUACCUCGACCGGCGUUAGAAACAGCCCUAGAAGUGGUGUCUUCUCGACGACCUCUACUUCGACAAUUCUCUUGAAUAGCACCGUGUCCUCAACGUCGUCCAGUCCCGCCACGAACACCAAUGGAGCAGAUGUGACGACUGGCUCUUUCGGUGGUGUUUUUGCUGCCUUGCUGGCUGUGGUGUUUGCCGUUUGAUCUGUUCCGCCGGCUGAUGUCGCUUGUGGAAAACUGAGUCUGUAUAUAAAGCGAUAAUUUUGGAGGCCGGAUGUUUCUUGGGAUGUACAGGAUUCGGACUACUUACUGUAAGGAUUGUGACUAGGUGAAAACGGUGUUGGCUCGGGGGACGAGGGUCGCUGUUGCACAAUGUUGUAUUGUUUGUUUUUGCCGUUAGGUUGACUCGAGUCACUCUGAUGAAUGGUUCGACACAUGGUUAUCCUUGAUGUUGACCCCAGUGCCCCUUACACGUUGUCUGAGAAUGAGACCACUGGGACAGUAUAUUGUUGGCGAUAGAU